GGUCAUUUCAUUCAAAUUGCUACAGAGUGCUGAUCAAAUUUAGUAAACAGCUCGCGAAGACACCAAAAUGGAAUCCAGCGGCGAGGGUUUCACUCAUUACUUUACGGAGUUCGAGACAACGUUGAGUACUACUACAACCAAGAUAGUCGUUAUUGAGCCUCACGAGAAGCUUUUUCAUACAUGGGAAGGAUUACUUGUCACGAUUUUACUUGGAAUUCUAUGUGUUUUCGGACUGGUCGCAAAUGCACUGACAUUUUUUGUCAUAUGUUCAUCGAGAAAAUUGAGAACGUCUCCAUUCAACAUUCUGAUACUUAGUUUGUGUAUGUCGGACUUCCUUUCAGCACUAAACAGUCCUUUUCAAAUAUACAGACGGAUAUGGGGCUACUUGGAGUUUGAUUUGCCACUUGGAUUUUGCAAGUUUACCGUCGGACUUAGUCAAUGGACAAUGUUUGUUACAGUUCAACAUAUUCUCGUGUUUGGCGUUUUCCGACUACUCGCUAUACAAUUCCCAAACAAAAUUAAGAAAUUCUCAGCGAGGUGGGCAAAGAUAACAGCAAUCUUCAUAUGGGUCGAAGUAUUUUUUGUUAGCGCGCUAUUUUAUUUGAUGGCAUCAACCGUCAUUCCAUACAAACCUGGAAGAUACAAGACGGCCUGUACGUCGGUUAGCAAAGACUGGAGAGACAUAGCAGGAAAAUACACGACCUAUGCAUUGCCGAUAUUGCUAUUUGCACCGUUCAUUGCGAUCAUGAUCUGUGCCUUGAUCAUCGUUAUAUCUAUGAUACAAGUACGAAGAAAACGAGCUAAUGCGAUCGCAUCUCAGAAGAAAAGCUCUUAUGGAACAACUGGUCAAGAGCAAAACUGUUUACCUUCAUAUAAAGAGAUGCAAGCAUCUCAGCAAACGAUCACCGAAAAAAUACAAGAACGCGAAAACGUAGCAAUGCUACAAGUCACGCUCAUAGUGUUCUCAUUUCUACUUGGAUAUUCCGCCGAAGCGGCCUACCGCAUGACAAAAAUAUUGAAUCUGAGGGACCUCUUCACUGUGCGAACGAAAUGGUUGACUCUCACAGUCGCAUAUAUUCUAUUGCGAAUAUCAGAAUGCCUUAAUCCACUUUUUUACAACCUGUCAUCCCGCCCACUGAGAAAAAGAACUAAACGUUUUCUGAAAAUACAGAAAAACUACGAAUCGUCAGACAGCAUCAACGUAUCAGAAACAAAAGAAGAAAAUGUCAGAAAAACAAGCGUUACCGUUGUGUGAAUCAAACACCACCGGAUAUAAGCUGGGUGUCAAAUAUGAAAUGUACACGGGAGUUACAACCAACUCAUAUAACCCAGAUAUGGCGAUAAGAAUGUAGCCCUUUGAUGAGAUAGAAAUUGAAUGUGAAUGUAUUAUUCAUUUUAUAGCAAUGUGUUGUUUAUAUGUCUUGUUCGUGUGUAUAUAAUAUAUCUGCUUCGUCGAAUUGACCCGAGUGUAUAUUCUUAUGACUUAUGAAAACACAUCAGAAACUCUUAAUUUCGGUGCAGGAAUGAACGUACUAAAAUAUGAUCAAUACCGUAG